CUGAAAGCCUCAGUCCUGGGUUGGUCCUGGUCUAGUCCUGAUCUGACCCUGGUCCCGCUGAGUCCUGGUCCUGGUCCUGGUCUGGAACAUGUUGGCGCUCGUGCUGCUGCUGCUCGCGCUCGUGACGCUGGCUCAGGCGAUGCGCGCGCGGAGGAGAAGGCGUCCGGGGGAGCCUCCUCUGGUUCAGGGUUGGAUUCCGUUCUUGGGCAAAGCUCUGGACUUCGGCAGAGACGCCGUCAGCUUCCUGGAAGAUCUGAGGAGGAAACAUGGAGACGUGUUCACCGUGCUCAUCGCAGGUCGGUACAUGACCUUCAUCAUGAACCCUCUGCACUUCCCCGUCAUCGUCAAACACGGACGCUACAUGGACUUCCACGAGUUCACCAACGUGGUGUCGGCGCACGCCUUCGGAUACACGCCCGUUACCGCCGAGCGCUUCCCCGGCGUCAUGGACCAGAUCAACAACACCUUCAAGCUCCUGCAGGGCCCGCACCUGCCGCACCUGACGGAGAACAUGACGAGGAACCUGCUGCUGGUCUUCAGAGAGGAACAUCUGAGCCGAGGCCAGAGCCCAGAGUGGAAGAUCUCCCACCUGCACGACUUCUGCCUGACCGUGGCGUUGGAGGUGGGGUUCAUGACCCUGUACGGCCGCUCGCCGUCGGACCACAGACUCAAAGACCUGCAGAACAUCAAGCAGGACUUCCUGUGUUUUGACCAAAAGUUCCCACUGCUCAUGGCCAAGGUGCCGCUGUGGCUCUUGGGGGACGUGCGUUCUGCGCGUCAGAGGCUCAUCGAGCGUUUCUCGUCCAGCGUCAUGUCCGACUCGAGCGACCUGUCGCUCUUCGUCCAACGCCGACGCCUCCUCUUCCACCAGCACGGCAUCAGUGACCACGACGCUGCAGGUCAGCACUGGGCGUUGUUCUGGGCGUCGGUGGGAAACACCAGUCCUUCCAUGUUCUGGUGCUUGUUCCACCUGCUCCGCCACCAGGAGGCGCUGCGAGCCGUGAGGGCGGAGCUACAGGAGCUGAUGUCACAGGAAGGACUCAGGCCGGACCCAGACCUGGUCCUGACCGAGGAGCAGCUGGACCGACUCGUGGUUCUGGGCUCGGUGCUCAGUGAGAGUCUGCGUCUCAGCUCGAUGUCCUUAAACGUUCGUGUGGUUCUGGAGGACUUCAGCCUCAGACUGGACCAGACCUCGACCUGGUCCAUCCGGAAAGGAGACAUGAUCACCAUGUGUCCCCACAGUGCCCAGCUGGACCCCGAGAUCUACCCAGAGCCCAAGAGUUUCCAGUUCGACCGUUACCUUGACGACGGGAAAGAGAAGUUGGACUUCUACAAGAGCGGCCAGCGCCUCAAGUACCACCUGAUGCCGUUUGGUUCCGGUGCCACCAUGUGCCCGGGCCGCUUCCUGGCGCUGCACCAGAUCAAACAGUUUGUGUGUUUGCUGCUGCUGCACUUGGACGUGGAGCUGUGUGACCCGGACGCCGACGUGCCCCUGGACCUGUCCCGCGCCGGCCUGGGCAUCAUGCACCCGGCCCACGACGUCCGCUUCAGGUACAGGCCGAGACGCCCCCUGCAGGCCGACGCCGAAACCGCCGCCGAAACCACCGCACGAACCACCGCACGAACAUGAACGACCCACGCAGACACAUAGAGACAGAACAGCAGAUCUCUGACUCCUGCCGUCUGCUGGAACAAACACACCAACGAACAUGCCAACGAACGCCCCAACGAACGCCCCAACGAACGCGCCAACGAACGCCCCAACGAACGCCCCAACGAACGCCCCAACGAACGCCCCAACGAACGCCCCAACGAACGCGCCAACGAACGCCCCAACGAACGCCCCAACGAACGCCCCAACGAACGCGCCAACGAACGCCCCAACGAACGCCCCAACGAAC